UUGUGACCUGUUCAGUGAGUGACGGCGACGAGCACGUCAAAACACCGGUCACUGUACGUACGCAAAGUUAUUUAACAAGCCGAAGAGAAAACAACACAGGUUCGGUUCACAUCCGUGAAGCUCCUGUUAGUGUUUGUUUGUCACUUUGGAAACUUUUUAAGCGCAAAACGACGGUGUUUAAGCAACCAGAAGCUCACGCGAAUGUCAUUUAUGGAUCAACCGUUAUAUGUCAAGCGCGCGACAGAGUGUAAACGAAAGUGAUUCUGUAAAAUCCAGAAGGAUUUGUUGACUUUACCCAAAGAUUAUCAUCAUGUUUCCACUGGACUCCCCGUGGAAUAUUUCGUUCGCAGGCUGUGGUUUUCUGGGUAUUUAUCACAUUGGAGUGGCCAGCUGUCUACAGGAGCACGCGCCGUUUCUGGUCGAGAACGCGCGUCAUAUUUACGGCGCGUCCGCGGGCGCGCUCACGGCCUCCGCGCUGGUCACCGGAGCCUGUUUAGGAGAAGCCGGCGCCAACAUCAUAGAUGUGGCUAAAGAAGCCCGAAAGCGCUUCCUGGGCCCCAUGCACCCCUCCUUCAACCUGGUGAAGAUCAUGCGUACACACUUACACCGCGUGAUGCCCGCUGACGGCUACAGCAGAGCCACCGGCCGUCUGGGCAUCUCUCUGACUCGUGUGACGGACGGAGAAAACGUUCUGGUGUCGCACUUCAACAGCAAUGAGGAGCUCGUGCAGGCGUGUAUAUGCAGUGCUUAUAUACCUGUGUACUGUGGCCUGAUUCCGCCGACCCUGCAGGGAGUGAGGUAUGUGGACGGCGGCAUCAGUGAUAAUCUGCCGCAGUACGAGCUGAAGAACACCAUCACCGUGUCUCCAUUCUCAGGAGAAAGUGACAUCUGUCCACGAGACGUCAGCUCGACUAAUAUACACGAGCUGCGCUUCACCAACACCUCCAUCCAGUUCACACUCGCCAACCUCUACAGAGUCUCCAGAGCACUGUUCCCACCCGAUCCACUGGUGAUGAAGAGUAUGUGUAAGCAGGGCUACAGAGAUGCUUUACUCUUCCUCAAGAAGAACGGUCUGUUACAGUAUCGAGGGCCGCAUCGAGCACUGGCCUCUGCUGCUGGAGGAGCUGAUGAAGAGUCUGAAGGUGAAGAUGAAGAGCACAGAGAUGAAGGAGAAAUAGAGGCUGAUGAUCAUCACUCCAGCAUGGAGGAGCACGUCUUUGAGCAUCUGCCUCCCAGAGUACAUAAAGCCCUGGUAGAGGCCUGUCGGGAGAGGCGGAGUCUUCUUCAGUCGUUAAGCAACAUGCUGCCCAUCAGAAUGGCUUCUGCUAUCCUGUUGCCGUACACUCUUCCUCUGGAGUCGGCUUUGUCAGUCAGCAUCAGGCUGUUGGAGUGGCUGCCGGACGUUCAGGAGGAUGUGGGCUGGAUGAAGGAGCAGACGCUGAAGCUGCUCAACAGCGUUUUCUCUCACGCCGGCCGCAGUGUGUCACAGCAGGUUUCUGCACGUGUGUCGUGUCAGCUGGAUGUGAGGCGCUGUGAGUCUGCGCCGCUGAGCUCCAGCGCGUCUCGUCUUCUGCCCGUCUGGCUGUCCGGCAGCAGCUCUUCAAUGCUGGAUGUCAUGCUGAGACUCCAGCAGUACCCGCGCCAGCUCCUGCCAGCCCUGUUCUGCCUCAACCUGGACCUCCGCGGCUCCUUGACCUCCGGACACCAACAAGACAUGGAGGGGCUGAUCAUGAAGCCUCUCGGAGAGCCCGACACCAGCCUGACACCUUAAACAUGGGCCGGUGUAUCCCAGAAUGCACUGCGAGGAGGCUUUGAACUUUUAGGUGCCUUGUUGUUUUAUAAGAGGCCCUGUUUUUUAUAUACGUUUGCCUGUUAGUCCACACGAAAACACAGUAUCAGGUGACUGAAAUAAAAACUUUCGGAAAAUUCAAGCUAGGCUGAAGAUUUUCAGAAACUCUGGUUAUAGUGUGGUCAAGUGGGCACUACAACCAGAGAUUUUGCCUCAUGACAUCAGCAUGCGUGCUGUUUUCUCCUUUCUGAUUGGCCCACAAGGCUGGGUUCACACCAAACUCAAUAGACAUGAUUAGAGCUGCGAUCACACUGGAUUUUGAGUAUGCGAAAUUCUGUCGUCGCCGCUGUGAAAAUGGACAGGAUAAAACAAGAUGGUUAGACGUUGCGAAAAGCGUACCAUAUCUCCAUAUUUGUCAUUUCUGCACAGAGAGGUCAUGUUUUGAUCUACUAUUGGUCUCACACAUUCACAUGAUGCGAUUUCACAGGUCAGAGUUCACCAAACUGCAAAUCUGGAUCGCAGCGACAGGCGAAACUUGUCGCGCAAGCUUGCGUUUCCAGGUUGCUGCAUUCAGAAGAGUAUGAAUGGAAGUCUAUGGGCUCAUUCACUCCGAAAGCAUCUGUGCUUUUAAAAAUAGAUAUACAAGAGAGAUAGAUAUAUAAGAAAUAAAGACAGACAGACAGACAGACAGACAUUUACUAGUCUCUUAAAUUAUUUUCUAAAAUGUUUUGGACAUAAGACAGAUCCCUGUGGUACACCACAAGUUAUGCAAUAGACAGACAGACAGACAGACAGACAGACAGACAGACAAAAAGAUAGACAGACAUUUACAAAUUUAUUAAAUUAUUUGGACCUAAGACAGAUCCCUGCGGUACACCAUAAGUCACCAUAAGUUAACGAUAGAUAGAUAGAUAGAUAGAUAGAUAGAUAGAUAGAUAGAUAGAUAGAUAGAUAGAUAGAUAGAUAGAUAGAUAGAUAGAUAGAUAGAUAGAUAGAUAGAUAGAUAGAUAGAUAGAUAGAUAGAUAGAUAGAUAGAAUGAUGGAUAGAUAGAUAGACAGACAGACAGACUGAUUGAUAGACAGACAGACAGACAGACAGACAGAUAGAUAGAUAGAUAGACAGACAGACAGACAGACAGACAGACAGACAGACAGACAGACAGACAGACAGACAGACAGACAGACAGAUAGACAGAUAGAUAGAUAGAUAGAUAGAUAGAUAGACAGACAGACAGACAGACAGACAGACAGACUGAUUGAUUGAUAGAUUGACAGAUAGAUAGAUAGACAGACAGAUAGAUAGAUAGAUAGAUAGAUAGAUAGAUAGAUAGAUAGAUAGAUAGAUAGAUAGAUAGAUAGAUAGAUAGAUAGAUAGAUAGAUAGAUAGAUAGAUAGAAUGAUGGAUAGAUAGAUAGACAGACAGACAGACUGAUUGAUAGACAGACAGACAGACAGACAGACAGACAGAUAGAUAGAUAGAUAGAUAGAUAGAUAGAUAGAUAGAUAGAUAGAUAGAUAGAUAGAUAGAUAGAUAGAUAGAUAGAUAGAUAGAUAGAUAGAUAGACAGACAGACUGAUUGAUUGAUAGAUUGACAGAUAGAUAGAUAGAUAGAUAGAUAGAUAGAUAGAUAGAUAGAUAGAUAGAUAGAUAGAUAGACAGACUGAUUGAUAGACAGACAGACAGACAGACAGACAGACAGACAGAC